ACUUGCCCUGCCGCUAAGACUUUGGAUACGUGCCAGUAGCGAUGAAUGGGGAAAUCGAACUGGUAAGAAGUUCUACCGUUCAAAAAACCUUUCUGAAGUCACCAUCAUGUAGACCAGCUCUCCAAAGUGCAGACCACCUCACUUCCUCAGACCUUUCCUUGUAUAGUACGACCGUUUCUCGAAUGUCAGAAGUCGUACGCUCUGAACUCGAUCAUCUUUCUGAUAUUGGAAUCGGAGGUAACACUACACCUGAAACUUUUGAGAAUGUUCGAAAAGAUCGUGACUUAUCCCGUAACCCCCCAAAUAGCUCUGGCAUAAUUUCAACACCAGUGUCCUGUCAGGGGUGUCAAGUAUCUACAACUUUAACCGAAGUUUGUGACUCACUGUCUCUUGGAUCACAAUUGACUAGUUCUUGUGUAACUAGCUCUGAUGAUCUGAACAGAAACCAUUUUCUGUCUUUAAUAAAAUCAAACUCAGAACAUUUGGAUAAGAUCUCAUCGGCGUCAGAUGUAGUUGAUUUCGGGAAACUUGCGUAUGGUCGCCUUGAUGGACAGUUGUGCGAAUCAGAAUAUCGAAAUAAACUAAACAAAACACAUAAUUUGACUUCUCUUGUUGAUCAGUUAACAGAUCCUACUUGCUUGCGUGCUAAUAAUCUCAGUGCAGAUUAUCGUUUAAUGAGAGCAGCAUUAGAAUCUGGUGUUACAACUGAUACGCUGACAGGUAUAAAUCAAAAAAGCGACACGAAGUGUAUUCAAGCUGAGUCAGACAGUUUAGACAUUUCAACUGAAUUCGGAGUACCAAGUAAUGCAUGGAACCACCGUAAUUGUGUAGGGGUUACUUCUGCAGACCAUAGCUUUUCAUUUGCCGGGGACACAAUUACAUCUCUCAUGUCUAAUACAGAAAUAGAUCAAGAUAGUGUUUUAAAUGAUGGUCAUUGUAGUAACAUUUUCCCCACUGUUCACAGCAACACUCCCACUACUGCGACUGUUGCAGCUAAGCGCCCGAUCACUGGAGCUCAUCAAACUGCACGUUACCCUGCAGUUAAUAAAGGAGGUAUGUGGUCGAGUAAUUCUAAUGGGCUGUCAAACUCUGCACUUGGAUACAUGGUUUCCAAUGCAUGGAGCAGCAACGGCACCGGUGUUUCAGCAAAGUUGGGUAGUAGUCUCGCCACUGAUUCGAAUCCUCCUACAGUUUGUGAUUUUCUUGGAAAUGAAGGUAAUACGGUUUCGUGGUCUCAAAAUUCGUCAGUUCAUCAAACACUUCAUAAACCAAGCGUUCAGAACAUUCCAAAUAUGGCCGGACCUGUGGGUUUUGGUAGUGGAAUGACUAACGGUUCCUCAAAUCGAACAGCUGUGUCCGUGGGUCUUGUAUCAGUAUCUACAACCGGCGUCAGUAUUACCAGUAACAAUAAAGUAAACGAGGCAGGUCUUUCAAAUAUAUAUAGUAUGUUUCCUAAGCGCCCCCAACACCGAAUGAUGGCACAUUGGCAGCAACAGCAACAACAUCAUCAAAAUUCACAGCAAGUACCAUUAGGUAAAGGUCUUAUGAACAUUGUCACAAGUAGUAUUCAACUAAAUGGUAAUCGUGGUAGCUUAACUGGAGUUAAUUCCACUCUCUCAGCUCUACCGAAUGGUUGUGAGGAUUCCGGUGUAAAUAAUAGUGCUGGAAGCUUCAAUAACCACUCUAUCAUCCAGUCGCUAAACAGUGUUGGGUCAUCAUCGUCCGCAAAUAGUUCACUGGUUCUGUGUUCUUCUGGAGACUCCUUCACAAAUACCUUGUCAUUCAACAGCCCAACGUCAGAAAGUUCCUUAGAUAGUUUCAAAUACGGGUUAGAUCAACAGCUUAUGGAAGUUAUCAAAUCUUUUGAAAUCAGUAGCAUUGGAGGUUCUAAUUUAGUUUCUUCGAAUGCAAAUAACACAUCUAUGGGAGGGAUCGAUGAUUUAACAUUGUCAUCUAAUUUUGGAGAGGUAGACCAACAAAUACCUGGUUUAAAUUCUGCAAGCCAAAUGCCUGUCUUAGGCUCAUCGUCGAUACACAACUCAACACCUAUGAUAAAUGGUUCAAAUAACCAAAGUUCAGGUUUUAAUAGUCUUUCUAGCUACAACGGGAGUUCAAUGAUGGGUUCAGCUGGAAUGACAAGCCCAUAUUCUAUGUUUGCAAAUAUUUUUACUCGUGAAGAAGGAUUUUCACGCAAAGUAUUCGUUGGAGGUCUCCCACCUGAUAUAGACGAAGAGGAAAUAACUACUGCUUUUCGUCGGUUUGGCCCUUUAAUAGUUGACUGGCCCCAUAAAACUGAAAGUAAGGCAUACUUUCCACCAAAAGGCUAUUGUUUUCUGCUAUUCCAAGAUGAACGAUCUGUUCAAAGUCUUAUUAAUGCUUGUAUUGUUGAUGAAGGAAAAUACUAUUGGUGCGUAUCAUCACCUACGAUGAAAGAUAAACCCGUUCAAAUUCGACCAUGGAACUUAGCGGACUCCGAUUUUGUCAUGGAUGGUUCACAACCAUUAGAUCCUCGUAAAACAAUUUUUGUUGGAGGUGUUCCACGUCCACUUAGAGCUAUCGAACUUGCCCUAAUAAUGGAUCGCUUAUAUGGAGGUGUUUGUUAUGCUGGCAUAGAUACAGAUCCAGAAUUGAAAUAUCCUAAAGGUGCUGGUCGUGUCGCUUUCUCAAAUCAGCAAAGUUACAUCGCUGCAAUUAGUGCACGAUUUGUGCAAUUACAGCAUAAUGAAAUUGAUAAACGAGUUGAAGUUAAACCAUAUGUCUUGGAUAAUCAAAUGUGUGAUGAAUGUCAAGGUACUCGUUGUGGGGGUAAAUUUGCCCCAUUUUUUUGCGCUAAUGUUACUUGCCUUCAAUAUUAUUGUGAACAGUGUUGGGUACAGAUACACAGUCGUUAUGGUCGUGAAUAUCAUAAACCUCUAGUCAAAGAAGGAGCUGAACGUCCUCGUCCUGCACUUUAUCGAUGGUAGACGCAUACAAGUGUGUUAUUAUUUGCUAGCUUGUUCUAUCUUUCAGCAUGCUUGUUUCAUACAAAUUGGAAAUGUUUCUUCUGAUCUCGACCUCUUACUUUCAUUGUCUUCAACCUGUCGUAUUCUCUCGUUCUUGUUUCAAUCAUUUGGUGCUUUCCUUUGUUUUUUUAAAGUUUUUCUCUUAGAUAUUUUGCCGGUUUAAAUCCUUUUUAUGUCAGCUAUCCAACACCUAUAAUUAUAAUCAAUCAAUCAAUUCCACCGACAAAAGUGGAUUCAUUUGAUUAAAAAGUGAUCACUGAGUCAAAACAUUUUUGCGCAAGGCCUGUCUAAGUUGAUUUUUUCGAAAAUCUUUCCCAUUGAAAUAUCAGUCUGCUUUUUUGUUGCCAUUUCCUAGUCUGUGAUUUCUCAUUUACUGAAUGCUGAUGAUUUGUUCCUCAGUUAAUUAUAUAUAUAAAAGCACUCAUAUAAUAUAUCUUAUAAACGACCUAAGUAAAUGCAGAAGACACACAAAUUGCAUACUUUGGUACUAUUAUUUCUUGUUACUAUUAUUCUCAUCACUAACUACUCAUCCUUUUCAUCAACUAGUUAGCUUGAACAGUUUUUCCUCUUCUUACUAUUGUAUUUUUAUCCCGUUGUUUACUUACUUGUUGGAUUCCUAAGAAGAAGAUGAAAUUGUUUUUUUUUAAAACUGUGAUUCAUUCUUAGUUUAGUUUCCUCUUCUGAAUUCUUAUCUCUUUAUCUGUGGAUAAUUUUCUCUCAUGUUAGUUCAUUUCGUGUUUAACUGAAUUGUGAUCUUGUUUUUCUUUUUUAAGUUUUAUUUGGUAUUUUUAAAUUCUAUUCACUUCUACUUGUCUGUUUUGUUAACUUUAUUGUGUUACUCUUAGUAAUUAUAAUAAUAAUGAUGUAAUAUCUUUUUGUUUUGUUCAUUUCUUUCAUUAAUCUACCUAUCUAAUUUUGUUCUCAUGUUCUAUUUUUGAUCAUUUGAUGAUUGUUUCUGUUGGUUAUCCUUUUAGUUUGAUUUGACUUUUUUUAUUAUCUAGUUGAUCAACGCAUGUGGGGUACCUCGAUCUCUCUUUAUGCAUUAUAUGUCAUUAUUAUUUUUACUAUUACUAUCCAAUAAAUGAGUUGGCAUUGAUGAUAGUUAAUUAGACCACCUUCAGUAUAUAUAUACUAAUAUUUUUGUUUAUAAAAAAUGUUAUGUUAUGUUUUACACAUUUUAGCUUACUAAUUAUUAGAGGUGAAUUUUCUUUUAGUCAUUGAAUAAACACCCAUUUAUGAUGUAUACUUAUUUUUAGUUUUUAAUUUCAUUCUUUUCUAUAAACAUAUUUAUAUAAAUAUUAUUAUUUACAUACAUACAUAUUUACUAUACAUAUUAUUUUAAUUGUACUUGUUUUCGUUCUCUCAUAAAGCAACAUUUAAACAAAAAUGAUUAGCUAAUGCAAGUGCACUAGCACAUUGCUUUACAUACCAAAGAUAGAUAUAACAUCUACUUUUAUGCAUCAAUUCGGUAGUAUGUGUCUUGUAUAUCUAUCCUGAGUGAUAGGAUGCAAGCGAUUGAAAGUAACAUGGUUUAUUCACUUUUAAAAGUUUUUUGUUAACUGAUUUUUACUAUUAUUACUCAAUUUCUUCUGUUGACAAUGUCUUAUAUAUAUAAACUGAAGAAAACAUUUCCUAGUUUCUGUUAUGGAUCUGACGUUCCCUCUAAUGGUGUAGCCUCUAUCAUAUACUCCCCGCCAACUACCAUGUUUCCUUGUUAUCUUUCUACUUGGUAAUUGUCACUACCUUUUUCUUUCCUUUGUUUUGUUGCUUAAACAGUGGGUGGAAAUGUUUCGAGCCCUAGGGCGGGGAGGAUGUGUAUAUGUGGGGUACUUUUUAUUUUUGUAAUGUUAUUUUGUUGUUUGGUAUUUUCCUUUGUUUAUUUAUUUUUCAAUGCAACACUUUUUACAAAAACCCAACAAAAAUUAGACAAAAAAAUCAUAUAUUUUCUUACAUUCUUUCAUGUUGUUAUUUAAUAUAUUGUAGUUAUGGUAGUACGUUCACGCAAUAUUGUUUUUAUGUUUUUGUUCUCCACCUUAUACGUUAUGCAACAAACAAGCAAGUAAACCCUUUUUUAUGGAUUUUAACAAUUCAACAUUGCUUCUUAUAAUGUCAUUUCAUGCGGAAUCAGUAUGUGUAUAUUUUUAAUUCUCAAUCUGGUGAGUACAUCUCUACGUAUACGUUAAAUGUAUACGUUCGAACGUGAUUCACAAUGCAUUUCCACUAUUUAUAUCAUUGAGUAACACAGAGUGAUGAAACGUGCGAAACAUAAAUAUUUUAUGUAUGUUACACCGACAACUUUCAUUCAUCUCUUUUGUGUCGUGUACUUAUGUCUAUACUAUCUGUAUGAAUUAGUAUAUCUCUUUGUUUUAAGUCGCAGAUUUUCAUACUUCUCUCCUUGUUUUCAAGUCGUGGUUUAUUUUGUAAACGUGCAUGUUUGUAAUUUUUUUAAUUAUUGCGCUGGCUCGUGAUGCAUUCAUGCUUCAGAUAAUUUUCAUUACUAUCUACUUGAUCCAUUAAUUCGUUUACUUAAUAAUAAUAGUAUUCUGUGAUGGUUCGCUUUCCACGCACAAGCCAUAUUCAGGGCGCUUCCAGAUUGUGAUGUUUUGUUAAAGUGAAGUGUGGCAAAUAAGUGGAGAGUUAGUAUGUAUGUGUUUUAAGACAUUUUUCAUUCAUACUUUUUUUGCUUAUCAAUUUCAUCUGCUCAAUCAAAUAGUUUGCUCGUAAAAGUUUGUUGUAAAUGAUGCUUUAAAGGCAUUCUGUAACUCGCGUUUCUACUGAUCUCGGCUCUUGUGCGUACUUAUGUUCUGUUUUUAAAAAAAAAAAUAAUUUUACUAUUGGUUACCUUUUUAAAAUAAAGUCUAAUUAUUUGACUUGCGUUUUUUUCUUUCUAUUCUGUAGUUUUCUUAAUUUUCAAUGAUUUCGUUUGUUAGAUGACAUUUUGGUUAUAAAUCUUAGUCAUUGGUUUUAUGGUGCUUCCUCUAUCACCUCAAAGUAAAUUUUCUUAUCGAAAUUUCAUGGUAUCUACUAUCUCACAUAAAAGUACUUACUAUUGAUUACUGCGAGAAAAAAACACAUUUCUCUUGUUUACAUUUUUUAUUUCAGUUCGUUUUCCCAGUUAGAUUAAAAUGUACUGUGUUCUUCUACUUUUCUUUAUAUCAAUAAUAUUUAUGUAUGAUGCUUAAAACAAUCCUACUCAUUUGUACUGAAUUCGAUAUUACAGCUGACAUCAGAUUGAGUUUUUUUUUUAUAUAUCUCUGGAAACAAAAUAAAAAUGCUUUUAUAGGACAGAAAAUUCUUUCAGUUCUGGUUAUUAUACAUAUUGUUACUCAUUUUCUGAUAUGUUGUUUACAAAUUCGAACAGCAAGUGAAAAAAAAAAUUGAUUUUUCACAUUAAUAUAUUCAAUAAAAAAAAGUUAACAAAAAAAAUCAUUGUUGCUGUUUGGCCAUAAAAUAUAUAUCUGAUAAAAUAAAUAUUUUCAUAGUGUUUUUAUUUGUUGCAUCUUUUUACUACCGU